UGCUGCAUGGUGUAUCGCAUGUGCAUUUGAUACUUAGUGAUCAUGAAAUCGGCGUUAAAAUGGCCGUUACAGAUGGCAGUUAUGGACAAACUAUCCUGGAGAUUACAAAGUACUUUCCUUAUUGGCUUGAUCGGUCUCUCAAGUAAAAUAUUUCUAGAAUGGUUUAACUCAGUUAGAAAGUACAAUUUCGAUGUUUUGGAGAGGAAUGCUAAAGAUAGACCAGAUGGGGUUCCAUUAGUUACAGUGUGUAACCAUACAUCUUGUCUUGAUGAUCCAUGCUUGUGGGGACUUUUACAACUAAAAAGUGUUCUUAACCCAAGCAAACAGAUUCGAUGGACUCUUGGUGCUCAAGAACUUCUAUUUUCAACUCCUUUCCGUACCUUCUUGUUUAGCAGAGCAAAGGCAAUUCCUGUCAUCAGAGGUGAUGGUAUUUUUCAGAAAGGAGUGGAUGUUGCUAUCGAACAAUUGAAUAAAGGAGAAUGGAUUCAUGUUUUUCCUGAAGGUGCUGUUAAUAUAAAUGAUUCUAUCAAGAGACUUAAAUGGGGUGUUGGGCGGCUAAUUGCAGAGGCACAAGUAACACCAAUUGUUGUCCCAUUCUGGCAUGAAGGAAUGGAUGAUGUUUUACCUAAUUAUAGUCCCUACAUUCCAAGAAUAAUGAAGAGAGUCACAGUGCUCAUAGGAGAACCAAUGGAGUUCACGGAGACUGUAGAAGAGUACCGAAAAGCCAAGAAAACUGCGAUGGAGACAAGAAAACACAUCACUGAUAAGAUACAGGAGCGGUUUAAGGAGCUCAAGGAGGAAACACGGCUUCUGCACAGCAAAUGGAGAUAACCUCUUAGCCAAUAUUUUUAGAUAUUUGAAAUGCUUUCGGUGCUAAUUUAUGUGACAAUAUUAACCCUUUAACUCCCAUGAUCUGAUUGCUAAUUCUCCCCUCUAGCUGCUACACAUCUCCUUGUGAAUUAGUUACGAGAAGUUGGUGUUGGACCAAGACAACUCCUACCUGAUCCGCUCGAGUAUUCUCAUCACCUCUUUUUACUGGAUAAUGUAUGAAUGUAACUGGGAGAAGUUAAAUGUUAAUCACUUCUGAGAGUUUUAAAAGGGUUGAGGGGCCUCUGUCAAUGUGACUCGCCGUAAAAUCAAAAAUAAAAUCACGAU